GCACUCCUCCUGCUGUAUUCCCAUGGCAGCAAGUGCAUGUGCCCUGCAGGUGACCUCCAGCCCCACUGUCCUGGGUCAAAGACAGCUUGCUGAGGUCACCAAGAAGCCCCCAGAGCCAGGCUGAAGCUGGUGGUUUGGGCACUGAAUGCAUCCUGCUGAAUCCAGUGCCACUGAGAUCCAGUUCUGCCACAUUGCAGCCACCAGAGCUGCUGUCAGAGGGUGCUCCACCUCCUUGGGCUCAAGCCCAGAUCCACUGGAGGACCAUCAGAUGCUCCAAGGAAGGACAGGAAGAGCAAAAGCUGCAGGGUGAAGGGGUCCUUGUCCCAUCCUGAGCUGUAUGAUAAGAAGCCAAUAGUCAGUCCUCCUCCUCCUGGGCUGUGUGAAGGAGCUUAGGAACGGAGGUCUGGAGAAAUCAGGGCUAGCAGCUGUGGUGCCAGCAUCCACCAUGGAGGCCAGGACUGAGCUUCCUUGCUUUGUCACAGACAUAACACGUGGUCUUCGUGAAAUCAGCAAGCUGUUCCAGCACCAGCAAUCUUGGCAUCAGUGUGGCAAUGUGUCCUGAAGCAAAGCCUGUGCCAUGGGGGUUCCUCUGCACACAGAAGCAUGUUUACUGCUUUGGGCUCAAAUCCCCCCUGUGCAGACCAAUGCCUCCUUGAAACAGUGAUGACAGCAGCUGGAAGCCUCUUAGAAACACUCCUGCGGUCUCUAGUGUGCUCUGUUUCCUUUAUCACUUCAGCACACCCUUCCCCUUUGAGAUUUCUACCCCUGUCCUUGGGCAGGAAGGAUGUUUAGCAACAUCUACUCUUGUCUGGAGGGCAGCUAGACCAAAGGGGCCUCUCUUGAAACAAAGACCGGGGCACGGGGCUGCAGAAGGGUGUUGCAAGAGGAGAGCUUUCAACACCUCCCCAGAAACAUCGGCCCACAGACUCCAAGCUCAGGAUUAAACCCACCGAGGAGGGGACAGAACCAUGUUCCAGGCCUCGGAAGCCGCCAGCACAACCCCAUCUCACGAGGCAAAGAGCAACUCAGGAGGCAGCACGGUGCAGCGCUCCAAGGUACCGCAAUUCUCCUGCACCCGAUUGCUGUGGGAGGAGGUGGGAAGGACAGGGAUGGGCACAGGAUCUCCAAACCCCUUUCCUCACCUUCUCUCCCUUUGGUUUCCCCUUGCCCAGUCCUUCAGCCUGAAGGCCCAAGUGAAGGAGAUGUGCACUGCCUGCCAGAAAACCGUCUACCCCAUGGAGCGGCUGGUGGCGGAUAAAUUUGUCUUCCACAACUCCUGCUUCUGCUGCAAGCACUGCCACGCCAAGCUCAGCCUGGGCAGCUACGCGGCACUCCACGGGGAAUUCUACUGCAAGCCCCACUUCCAGCAGCUCUUCAAGAGUAAAGGCAACUACGACGAGGGCUUUGGGCGCAAGCAGCACAAGGAGCUGUGGGUGCACAAGGAAGUGGAGAGCGGGACCAAGUCGGCAUGAGCAGGGCACGGCCCACCCUUCCCUGGAGCCCAGCAGACAGCACGGAGCAGUGCUGAGCCAGCACUGACUGAGCUGAUGUAAAGCAAAGGGGACCCAAGCAGUAGGGAAGGGGAGGCAGCUCAGCUUUUCCUGGGGCCUCUGAGGAUGUCUAGAGGGGUCCUACAGAUGGUAAGGAUGGGGCAGAGGUGAGCGGGGUGCAGCCCCCAGACCCAGAGCCCUCUCUCCCUGAUGAGAUCAGACCAGAAGCACUUGCCCCCUGUGAAAUCCCAGUCCUGUGCACACAUUGCAGGCCUGCUGCUGUGGGAAAGGAGAUCCGAGGGCUUUGAGAGCCCCAACCCAGCCUGUAAGUCAGAGCAGAGCUCCCGGUACCAAUGCUGCCUUGCUGGGGCUCUGAAUAAGGAUGGUCUUUGGUUUACAUCAGCUCAGUUCAGUUGGGAUUGUUCAGCCUUAAGGAUGUUGCCCUGCGACUGUUUAACAGUGUCUGUCUUUUUUAUAUUUGCCUUCCAUUGGUACGUUCUGCGCUGGAGCCGAGUGCAGCUCCACGUGUGACACCUCUUUUAUUUUUGUAAUACAAGGUUUCCAAGCCUUC